AUGAGGAUCAUCUCCUGUCAGUCGAGCCUUGUGGCUCUAGUUGUGGUUACACUCACUGUGGUGGGCUGCACUGAAGCGAAAACUACACAGAAGCCAAAGUAUCAGUACACCAAGAAACCCAUCCCUCAGAUUACUGUGCACAGCCCUGUGACCACCAGCGUGCCCAAGACUCUCAAAGUAGUGCUGAGUGCAAAGCCUGUGGUGCCCACCACAGAAAGGACCACCUACCAAAAUCAUGUCCAUCCACAGUACCUCACAGAGAGCACCGAGCCCCCUGGUGCUGGCCCUGAGAAUUACACUCUAGAUUACAACGAGUGCUACUUCAACUUCUGUGAAUGCUGUCCACCUGAGAGAGGCCCCAGGGGGCCAAAGGGAGGCAUAGGCCUACCAGGGCCACCAGGUGACAAGGGUUUUACCGGAGCAGCUGGUUUACCUGGACCCCCGGGAAUGAGUGGUCCUAUCGGGGUAAGAGGAGACAGGGGAGAUAAAGGUGACAGAGGAAGCAGUGGGAUAGUCGGGCCAUCAGGAAUCCCAGGAAAACCAGGACAAAAAGGUGAUAUUGGCUCAAAAGGUGAAAAAGGUGUAAUAGGGUUCCAAGGUGUCAAAGGUGAAAAUGGGGUGAAAGGGGAACCUGGACAGAAUGGGACAGCUGCUGAAAAAGGAGAACCGGGAAUUAAGGGCCCAGCUGGCCCUUCAGGACUGACUGUUGAGAAUGGUCCUAAAGGAGAGAAGGGGGAUAAGGGGGACUGCGGCACAUUUGGGGAGAGAGGACAGAAAGGUGAUCGAGGGGAUACCGGCUCUCCUGGCAUCCCAGGAGCCAUGGGCAUUCCAGGACUGAAUGGCAAGCACGGUGUCUCAGGUCCUGAAGGCAUCCGAGGGGAACAGGGACCUGUUGGACCGCAAGGAGAACCAGGGUUUCCGGGCCCUCAGGGACCCCAAGGCAUAAGAGGGCCGCUUGGACCAAAGGCGGACAGAGGCUGGCCUGGGAUGAGAGGUGAUCGGGGCUUUCGUGGAAUCAAAGGAGCAAAGGGAUCAGCAGUACCCACGAAACGCUCAGCCUUCAGUGUAGGUAUCUCUCCAAGAAAGUCCUUCCCUCCGUCUGGCUUCCCGAUCCGCUUCGACAAAAUCUUCUACAACGAAGAGAACAACUUUAAUGUCACUUCCAACAGCUUCACCUGCGUCCAUGCCGGGGUUUACGUCUUCUCUUUCCACAUUACUGUACGCAAUCAGCCCCUGCGAGCCACACUGGUGGUGAAUGGGUCCCGGCGGGUAAGGACUCGGGACUCUCUGUACGGUCAAGACAUCGACCAGGCGUCCACUCUGGUGGUGCUGCGGCUGGCGGGGGGGGAUCAGGUGUGGAUGGAGACAUUCAGAGACUGGAAUGGGGCUUAUGCCAGCAGUGAGGAUGACAGCAUCUUCUCUGGAUUCCUGCUGUACCCAGACACACCCUGA